AUGUUGAGUGCCUUGAUUCGCCCGUCUUUUCUCCGUCGAGGGUAUGGGGUGUUUACUCCCUUUGGCCUGGGACUAGUCAUUGGCCUGUUGAUCCCCAAACUCAUUCGAAGUGCCAACCGACUCGUCCGUGGUCCUUUCUCCCCCGUCAAACUCACUGUUGAAAACGUUAUCAGUGACAACGAUCCGGUGGAAAGCUUGGUGGGUGAGCUCUCAGCCACCGAUCUGUCAAGCAAAGACUUGUCAGCCCCAGGUGACAAUUCUGAAGUCCAUGACGCGAAGAUCACAACUAUUGAACCCCAGGGUCCCAGCUUUGAUAUCAAAACAGCUAAGCCCCAGCCCGAGAGCAACCGCGUCUCUUCUGCCCAGGAUAUCAAACCAGUCACCCAGACCAAGAUGACACCCUCAAACAAGAAAGUUCAAAUGGAUGAGGCCAAGAAGACAACUGCACAAGUUGCGUCCUCAGUGCAGAAAGUCGAAUCGCCAGAAGCUCUACCCAAAGUGACUGCAAACCCGCCAGACGUGCCUCCUUGCGCAGUAGAUGGCUGCAACAAGCCAGGCACUCUUCUCUGUGGAAGCUGCGAUGAGCCCAAGACUCGAUACUGCGGCUCGGCAUGCCAAAAGCAGCACUGGACCAUCCACAAGCGUGACUGCGUGGGAGCUCAAAAACACAACUGCUUCAUCAUCCGCGCCGCCUCUCCCCCUGGAAGUACGAGCCUCGCCGAUCGAAUCGAAGGCUUCUGUCUACAGUCAUACGGUACCGAGUGGGGCGAAAUAGAAGAGUUGAAGCGCAAACUGGACUGGCCUGCCGUCAAGGAAGCGGGAAAGUUCUACCCUCAUCAAGAGAGUGUCGACGAUUGGUACUUUUACAUGUACGCUUCUACCGCUAGUGGGCUGCCCGUCAACGAUAUCGCGACACGAUGCUCGCACAAUCAUAGGGUGAUUCGUGGUGAUGUUGCGGUUGUUCGAUCUGGUCCGGCGGAUUAUGUCAACUACGAGGCGCUUUUUAGCAAGACGGAGCUAGUGAAGACGAUCAAUUAUUACAGAACCGCUGACCCCGAGCAUGUCUUUGCCGCACGAGAGUCAAGUCGUUUCUUCAGGCGCUUCCGUUUUCUGGGGGAAUCGCGUUGGUCACUCCGUACCCUGUUUAUUGAAGCUUCAAGUAGGGGACACGCUUUGUCGCUGAAGGGGGGGAAGAAGAGAGAGGGAGGUGGCAAUCACUUCAGCCAGGAGACAGGAAGAGAUAUCAACUGUUAG